AUGUGGUCCCUUUUCUCGACCCUCGAUCAGGUCUCAUUGAAGACAUACUUGGUGCUCGGAUGUACAAUCGUCACCUCCUACGCACUUUGUCGCACCAUCUACCUUCUUUACUUCCACCCGCUAGCCAAGUAUCCUGGGCCAAGACUCGCUGCGGUAUCAAACUUGUGGUACGCCUAUCACUGCAAACCAGGCGAUGUUGUUCGAAUCGCCCCCAAUGAACUGAUGUUCAUGAAGCCCGAGGCGCAAGUAGAUAUUCUUAUGAGUGGGACCAAGAACAGGCCCACGUUUAUCAAAACCGACUUCCAGCACAUCGGUGGCAAACAUGCCGGAAUCGCAGCGGAUCCAGACGUCGAGAAGCACCGGGCUGUCCGUAAGAUGCUGGCACCUGCUUUUAACCCCCGCGCAUUGAAAGAGCAGGAGCCAGCCCUGCAUGAGCAUAUUGACCGCUUCAUCCAGCGGCUGAGAGAGCUGGGCACUGCCGAACAGGGAGUGGACAUGAGAGAUUGGUUUGACUGGCUCGCUUGUGACAUUGCCGGCGAUAUGGGUUAUGGCCAUAACUUCCACAAUGUCCGCGAUGGCAAAGCACAUCUCUUUCUGCAGGCAUUUCGAGGCAUCGGGCUCUGGGGCACUCUCAACCAAGUCAUGCGACGAUUUCCUCUGCUUCACCCCUUAGUCUUUCUUGCACUCCCGCCGCGCAUGGCCGCCAUCCUACCAACCUUGCUGAAGACCAACAAGCAAAUCGUGCGAGACCGGGUGAACAAUCGCGAUAGUCUGAAGCACCCUGACUAUUUUUCUUUGCUACUUCCGGAGGACAAACCCGUCCCAGAGCAAGACUUUCUCGUCGCGCAAGCGAACCAUCUCAUUGUGGGUGGGUUUGAUCCUGACACAAACCUGAGAUUCACAAACGAAGCGUUGCAGGGGCUUCCCUGGCUCCAUGCAGUGAUCGAGGAAACGCUGCGACUCCACACUAACGGAGCAUUUGGACUUCCUCGCAUCAGUCCUGGGGACACGGUGGAUGGCCACUAUAUUCCAGCUGGGUGCGUGGUGCAGACGGCGGGCUUUGCAGUCACGCAUUCGGCGCGGUACUUUCAGAAGCCUCGGGAGUUCCAUCCCGAGCGAUUUCUGCCUUCAAACAAUCCGGAAUAUGACCGUCUCAUUGAUGCGGACGUCAAGAGCGCAUUCAAGCCUUUUAGCAUGGGCCCCCGCGGAUGCAUCGGACAGAACAUGGGAUACAUGCAGGCCCGGAUUCACUUGGCCAAGAUGAUCUGGGAGUUUGACUGGGAGCUGUUGAAUCAAGGGGAGGUGGACUGGGAGCGGGACUUGCGCCUGUACGCCAUCUGGGAAAAGCCACCGGUGAUUGUCCGAUACACUCCGGUCUCCAGACCCAGCGCAGGGGAGUCGAUGAUUUAGAGCCAUUGGUCGUGGAAGCGUGUCAUCGUACAAGACCAUCUAUCUCACAUGACCCACUGCAGAUGUACUCAUGCCGAAUCAGGAUACUGUUACUGAAGUCCAUUCCAUAUGCGC